AUAAAGCUGGGUUGGACUGCGGUGCAUUGCUUCAUAACUUCAUGCUCUUUUCUGUCAAAGGUUUGUGUUGAACACUCGGGGGCAGCAGCACUUAGGAUCACAACCUGCGCUCAAAAACCGUUAAAAUGCUCGUUACAGUAAAAAAGUGUCAGCUAUCAACAGGAGGCGUUCAUUUCCCACUUACUGUAUCUCCAACAUCUGUAUCCUCCUGAGCGCACAGACACGCCCACUCUCUCUAUCUCUAUGCUCUGAAGGUGAGGGCGGAAGCUGCAGUUUUGCGUCUCAUGGGUGCAUCACUUUAACGCACGGAGCGCUGCACGUCCACUCCGAUCUCCACAUUUGCGCGCGCGACACUUUGUUUCUCCGACCGUUCUUCUGUAAUUUCAUGAUUCAGACUUGGAGGCGACUUGAAGAUAAGGCAGAUGAGCUCUUUUUACGAAAAGGACAGCUCUGAGUUAGGGCUCUCUGGAGAGCUGACUCAAAUGAGCUCUGAGGAGCUGGAGUUUGAAUACCUGUUUAACUAUGAGCCACAGGACAGCGACUUUCCUUCAGGAGAUCCUAAAGAUGACACCAAUAUCUCCAUACACACACACCCGUACCCCUUGGACGAGGCUUCCCCCUACACUGAAAGCAGCACCGAGGCUCUUUCUGGCUAUGAGCAUCUGGAGGCUAAAAAUUACGUAGGGCACGUAAGGUCUGGUCCACAAGCUGUGAGUCCCAGGAUUGAGAUCACGCCAUCACGUGAGCAUCACAGCCAUGGGCACAACUCACUCCAUGACCCGCUGGUGAAUGCCAGCCCCAGGCCUACUCUCACUGUGCCCGGUCUGGACUGUGCCAUCUACCGUGAGCCUCAGUGCCUGAGCCCAGCCAGCAGCAACUCCUCAACCUCGUGGCACUCUGAGACUUACUCGCCAUUCGCAUCACCCUGUGUGUCCCCAGGUAGUGGGCAGGUCGUGGCUGGAGAGCUGUGUCCUCGCUUCCAAAACAUCCACACAGGCUCCCCUCGCACCAGCCCAGGCACAUCACCCCACACCAGCCUGGCUGAGGAGAACUGUUCAUCCCCAAGGCCCAGUUCUCGCUCUACAUCGCCUCAGGGCAAACGCACCUACGACAUGUACAGGAACCCAAAUCUGGUAGCUGCGGCUCGAUCACGAAGUCCUUCGCCACACGGCAGCCAUGAUGACCGUCAUUCCAGCACCCAAUAUGGCUCCAACAACCUAACAGAGGUUGUUAACGGGUUUGGGCCGGGGUCAGUACCCACAAAGAUUGUGAGAACCAACCAGCCAGCCUACACAGUAUACCCAGACGGCCAUGGAGAGAGCUACCUGUUGGAGCAAGACAUCAAGACCAAAGCGGAGCCAUACUUUGUCAUUCCAUCAAUCUGGCCCAAGCAGUUGGUGCCUGGAAUGUGCAGCAUCCCUAUUACCUCUCUGCCUCCUCUGGAGUGGCCUCUGCCCAGCCGCACAGACCAGUAUGAGCUGCACAUCGAGGUGCAGCCCAAACCACACCACAGGGCACACUACGAGACUGAGGGCAGCCGGGGGGCUGUUAAAGCACCUACAGGGGGGCACCCAGUGGUCCAGCUACAUGGAUACAGAGGCAAAGAGCCACUGGGGCUGCAGAUCUUCAUUGGCACAGCAGAUGAGCGGAUCCUGAAGCCCCACGCGUUCUACCAGGUGCACCGCAUCACAGGCAAGACGGUGACCACGACCAGCUAUGAGAAGAUAAUCAAUAGCACGAAGGUGUUAGAGAUCCCUCUAGAGCCAAAGAAUAACAUGAAAGCAAUAAUCGACUGCGCUGGGAUUCUGAAGCUCAGGAAUGCUGAUAUAGAGCUGCGGAAAGGCGAGACAGACAUCGGGCGGAAGAAUACCCGUGUGCGACUGGUGUUCCGCAUUCACAUUCCCCAGCCAGGGGGUCAAUACGUGUCUCUCCAAGUGGCCUCACAUCCCAUUGAGUGUUCCCAAAGAUCUGCACACGAGCUGCCCAUGGUGGAGAAGCAGGACAUGGACAGGUGUUCAGUGCUCGGAGGUCAGCAGAUGAUCCUGACUGGGCAGAAUUUCAGUGCUGACUCAAAAGUUAUUUUUACUGAGAAGACCCAUGAUGGACAGCAAAUUUGGGAGUUGGAAGCCACAGUUGACAAAGACAAAAGCCAGUCUAGCAUGCUGUUUAUUGAAGUGCCUCCUUAUAGAGACCCAGCCAUCUGCCAUCCUGCUAAAGUGAAUUUCUAUGUGAUCAAUGGGAAACGAAAACGCAGUCAGCCUCAGCACUUCACGUAUAUACCUCUUCCAGUUUCUUCCAUCAAAACAGAACCACUGGAUGAAUAUGAAUCUGGACAAAUUGGAUAUAUGAUGUCCCAGACCAUGGGAGUUUCCCCACACUCCUAUUACCAUCACAACCCCCGUUCAGUCCUCAGCUCGGAUAAUGGCUUACUUGCCAACAUGGCUUCCUGUCACCAGAAUCAUUCAGGAAUCUCCCCUUCAGAACCCUGCUUUCAGCAGCACAUUGUGUAUCCCCGUGCUGAGAAGAAUGUAGGGUCAAGCUUAUUCAUCCAAACGGGAGUCAUGGUGCCAGAAGCCCAUCGUUCUGUCCUGGUCCAUACUGGUUCCCCAGCCAAGUCCUCCCACUUGAUUGGUCAGCAUCCCGUCAUUCAGUUUUCCCCCACCAACCAUCACUUGUUAAGAGGGGCGGAAAAUAUUACUCCACCAGCCCAGGAACAUCAGAACCUCUACUGUGAGGGCUACAGCCCGCAAGGAGCCCAGACAGCAGUGGCUUCACAUUCUCCAGCUCCAGCACAAGCCCACCAAACCCAGCAUUGCCCCACCGUCAUUCAGCAACAGCCCUACACAAACAGGCUUCCAAAGGACAGGUCCCCUCCUGGGCAAGUCCAUCCACAAAGAUGUUCCUCUGCUGAGGAACCGAGAGCUUCUCUUCCUGGACGUGUCACUGUCAAGCAGGAGAACUUGGACCAGGCCUACCUGGAUGAUGUUAAUGAGAUCAUAAGGAAGGAUCUGACAGGAGUGCACGGCCGAGCACAGACAUAAAGGAAAGGAUGCCGCAGGAAAUGCGUGGGACUUGCAGUAGUGCCUUCUUCUCUUUGGUUCAGUUUGCAGUUUGCAGGCACCAUCACCAGCACGCACCUGGAUUAUUUCCAAUUCAAAAUAUUUUUGACCUCAGAAACUUAUGACGCCAAGUAGAUUAUGCUCCAUAGCCCAGGCAAACAAAUACCUUCCAAACCAGCUUUUAAAGCAACAGUGUGCUCAUUUUUAAAGGCCUUGUAGUUUCAAAAUUCCAGCAGUGACUGCUCGUGAAAUACAGUCCGGGUUGACCUCGUCAGUGUCUUAUGCUCUCAGAGCCUUAAAAAUGAUUUAGACUGGAUAAAACCAGCUUAAUCCAUUUGAUUCUUCUGUGAUUUCAUAUUUCAUAGCUCACUUUGGUAAACUCUCACUUCAGUACAUCUGCUUCAUUUUGGAAAUCUGUGUCUCUGUCAAAUCCUCAAAAACAUCGCACGUCAUUCCCCGUCAGAUUGAGAUUAUUCGAGACAGGCAGACACGCCUCUGUUUACGCGUGAUGCUUUAGAUAAUCAGCUAAUUAAACAGAUCAAUCGCAGUCCUUUAUUUUGAAAAACGCAACCAUUUUUCUAAUCAGAUUUUCAUUAUGAGAAAAGCCUCAAUAUAUAAAUUGCAACGAAAUGCACUGUUCUCACCGAGAAUCGCUUAAUGCAAAGUGUGCGCUCCUUGCCGGUGAAUUAUAUUGACUUGUAUAUAGUUUCGCUCGAAAUUGGGUUUUUAUUGACCAGGCGUAAUGAGAUAUUUUUACACCGUCUGUACCUUUUCUUCACAUGCAUUAGCAUCUGUAGGGUUGCUGAGAGGAUGCUGUAUAUCUACACCCAAGUCCAGAAGAAAAACACAGAGCUGAAUUUAGUUUUCUCGAGCAAACUAUAUCAUGAUGUCUUGUGCCUUUAGCUAUGAAGCUGUAAGCAAAAGUUUGGAAGCAGUUUACAGAUGAGCAGAACAAUGCAUUCUCGGUUUCAUAUCUUACAGAGCCUAACGUGUCUUGCACUACAUUCAGACUCUGACAUCAUCUGGGGUUCUCGAGUCCAUCUUGUACUUUGUAUCUCGACCUAUUAUUGAUACCGCUACAUCUCUGACUUGUUAUUAUUUUUUAUAAUGCUAUUUACAGCAGGUUUUUUUUUUUUUUUUAAAUUUAAUCCAUGGCUUGCACAUGAAGUUUCCUUGUUAGCAAUUUUUUUUUUUUUUUUAAAUAUAUCUUUUUACUAAGUACUAGUACGGUUACUGUGUUUCAUCUCAGAGUUGGUUUUUGCCAUAAAUAAUAUGCUGAGCAUAUGAUAUGACAGUUUUAAUUGAUAUUUUAUCAUCGAAAUUCAAGACUUUAAGUACACUGAUGUACAUCACAUUUAAUAACCAAAAAACGUUUUGUUUCAUUCAAAAAAUCUCUUUUUCUUUCUUUUUUUUUAAAGGGAAUAUAUUACAUGUGAAAUUUGACAUACUUCUGACUGUUCCGCGUCUUUAAACAUUAUUUCUUUAUUGUUUAACUAUAUAUACAGACGGGUGAAAUCUUAACUGACUGAACAGCUUUAUCCCAUGAUGAAACGUUUCUGUCCCGAUGAGCGAGUGGUGUCUUCCAGGAUGACUCCACCCUUAUACAAAAGGGCGAGACCGCUCCCUGAAAUGGUUUGAUGAGUAUGAAAAUGAUGUAAAUCCCAACCCGAUUUCUCACCUAUGGGAGAUUUUGGACUGACAUGUUAGACAGCGCUGUCCACCACCAUCAUCCAAACACCAAUUAAGUGAACUUUUUCGUGGAUGAAUAACGUUCGUUCCUCUAAAUACGAUUCAAGAGACUUGUAGAAUCUAUGCCAAGGCACAUCAAAGCUACUCUAGCGGCUCAUGAACACUUUAUUUAGAACUUUUUCACCUGUCUGUAUGUUACAUUUUUGUUUUGUUUUGUUUUUUUGUUUUUUUUUAACUGGAGCCAUUAUGUAAGCAUGGUGCUCUUAACAUCAUGGCAAACCCCUGAAUGUAGACUCCUUUUUAACUGUAAAUAUGCUUGCCUCAAUAUGUACAAAAUAUUUCUUUUACUUCUACGCUAUAACGUUUUAUGACUAGUCAGUCGGAAGUAGAGGAAAAGCUUUAUCCUUAGAGACAAAUCAUUUUAUGAACCAACUCGAUUGGUUUCUUGCCAUUUACCUUCAUGUAACCAUGGUUGUAGUAAUAAUAUAUGAACUGCAAAAUAUGUCAGCUAUUUUACUAGAUUAAUAUAAGAUAAUGCCAAUAUUUGCCAAAGAGGGAAAGCUAUAUCUUUUCUAAGCUUCAUAUAAAGGCUUUAUACCUGCCAGUUUUACUUAAUACAGCCAUGUGGUGAAUGUUUAAUAGUUCAUGUCUGUCAAGAACAUAAGCAAUAAAUCUGAUCGAAGAA